CGGGUCUGAACCGAUAUAAAAGAAAUUGCGGGUAAUUCUCACCACAAAAACCCUAAUUCACAAAACCCUGAUUUCACUGUACUUCUGCAUCCACUCGAUCACAGAUGAACACUCUCGUAAAAAGCUCGCUCUUUUCGAGGCGAUUCAAGCUCGCUUCACUAACCCAACAAUCGUUUUCGAUUCUUCAAAACACCCAUCACUCAUUUUCUACUGAUCACUUAAUUUCACAACAAGCUCCUCAAUUUUCCACAUUUUCUGGCAAUAUACACAGGGAUACUUACGUAUUUGGGAAUAAAAGUGUUCCGGGUGUUAAGAGGGAUUUUCACGGUGGUGGGCUGUUGAAUUUCAGGGGCUCUUUUGGGUUAUCGAAUGCGGUUAGGAGUGUAGUGGAGGAGGUAAAUGAUGAGGAAGUGAAGAAAGGGGGGAGUGGAAAUGAUGAGGGUCUUGAAAUAUCGAAACUCGGGAUUUCUAGUGAGAUUGUUUAUGCUUUGGCUAAGAAGGGUAUCACUAAGCUUUUUCCAAUUCAGAAAGCUGUGUUGGAACCUGCAAUGCAAGGGCGUGACAUGAUAGGUCGAGCUAGAACCGGAACAGGGAAGACUCUGGCCUUUGGCAUUCCAAUCCUGGAUAAGAUCAUUCGUUUUAAUGCCAAGCAUGGGGCGGGAAAGAAUCCCCUGGCAAUAUGUUUGGCUCCAACAAGAGAGCUUGCUCGUCAAGUCAACAAAGAAUUUUGUGAAUCUGCACCAAACUUAGAAACAUUGUGUUGCUAUGGUGGUGUUCCUAUUUCUGCUCAAAUGCGUCAGCUUUAUGCUGGCAUUGAUAUUGUUGUUGGGACUCCAGGGCGAAUUAUUGAUCUGAUUAAAAGAAGAGCCUUGGACUUGUCAGAAGUUCAGUUUGUUGUUCUAGAUGAGGCUGAUCAAAUGCUUGAUGUGGGCUUUGCUGAUGAUGUUGAGACAAUCUUGGAGAAUUUGCCCCAGAAGCAUCAGACAAUGAUGUUCUCAGCAACCAUGCCAAGUUGGAUCGCAAAACUUUCUCAGAAGUUCUUAAAUAAUCCAUUGACUAUUGAUCUUGUAGGAGAUUCUAGCCAGAAGUUGGCAGAAGGAAUUACACUCUACUCAAUCAUGUCUGACAUGCAUGAGAGACCAGCAAUUAUUGGACCACUAGUCACUGAACAUGCAAAAGGAGGUAAAUGCAUAGUUUUCACUCAAACAAAACGUGAUGCUGAUAGAUUGACAUAUUCUAUGCAAAGGAGCUUCUCCUGUGAAUCUUUGCACGGGGAUCACUCUCAAAAUCAGAGGGAACGAACACUUUCAGGUUUCCGUAAUGGUGAAUUUAAUAUUUUGGUUGCCACCGAUGUUGCUGCUCGCGGUCUCGAUGUACCUAAUGUUGAUCUGGUGAUACAUUUUGAACUUCCAAACACUUCGGAGAUGUUUGUUCAUCGAUCUGGCCGAACAGGUCGUGCUGGGAAGAAAGGAAGUGCGAUUCUCAUUUAUUCAUCUGAGCAAUCAAGGGAUGUUAAAGGCAUUGAACGACAAGUAGGUUGCAGAUUCGCAGAGCUUCCUAAAAUUGUGGUUGAGAGUGGAUCUGGAGACAUGUUCCGAGAGACCGGAAAUUUCGGGGGACGAUUUGGAUCUCCUGGAAGUUAUGGAAGUGGUCGAUUUGGUAAUUCAGGUCGCUUUAAUAGUUAUGGUGGUUCUGAAGGCGGAUCUUAUGGUGGUCGAUAUGGUGGGGAUUAUGGGCGCACUGGUGGUUUUGGCGGGUCAUCAGGCCGUUCAGGUGGUGGUUUUGGUGGGUCUUCAGGCCGUUCGGGGGGUGGUUUUGGCGGGUCUUCAGGCCGUUCGGGUGGUGGUUUUGGCGGGUCUUCAGGUGGUGGUUUUGGCGGGUCUUCAGGGCGUUCAGGUGGAGGUUUUGGCGGGUCUUUCGGUCCUUCGGGUGGUGGUUUUGGCGAGUCUUCAGGCCGUUCAGGUGGAGGUUUUGGCGGGUCUUUCGGUUCUUCGGGUGGUGGUUUUGGUGGGUCUUUCGGUCCUUCGGGUGGUGGUUUUAGCGAGUCUUCAGGCCGUUCAAGUGGUGGGUUUGGGGAGUUUUCUGGUCGUUCUGGUGAUGGGUUUGGUGGAUCUUCAGAUUACUCAAGGGGUUCAGGUCGUGUAAGUAGUUUUGAUGGAUCUGGGCGUGGAGGCUCAGGUGGCUUUGGGAACAGGGGCAGUGCAGAUCGUUCAAAUGGUUUCGGAGAAUCUGCUUCAGGUCGUUCAAGUGGGUUUGGUGAUUCACACUCUAGUAAAGACACUCGUUCCAGUUGGUUUAAUGACUCUGUGGAUGACUAAGUUGGCAGUCAUCAUGAUUCUGGGAGGAAGUUUUUUUAUUCCUAUAAGAGGUAUAAAGACCGGAAGAGGAUUGCUUUCACGAAGUGCUACUUAAAUAUUAUUAGCAAUGUUAUAGAAAGUAGUUUUGAAGAGUCACCAGCAGGGUAGUUGUCAAAGAGCUUGCUACUGCAUUUGGAUUUUGAAAUCGAAACACUAUGUAAACGUAGAUAGUUAGCAUGAUGUGACACGGAUCAUUAAUGAUUUAUGUUUCCUCAUCCUCAAUAUUCUCAAUGUUUCAUUCACAAGUUCGGAGCUUGUAUUUGUUACCAGAACAAUGUAAUAUUGCCAGAAAGGGUAACGUCGUAGAAAACUAGAAACAUUGCAAAAAGUGUAAUAAAUAAACAAAUUAUGACA